GAUUAGAAUGUGUAAGCAGAGCAGUGACAGCCUCACUUCCGCAUAGGUGUAGGAGCGCUAUAGGUUCCGGCAGACGCAGGGCUGAUGUUUGCCGGGUACCGGAAGAGAGUGGUUCCGGGCUGCCGACAGGGCUCUCACAUCUAGCAGUCGGGGGUCGGGUAUGUUGUCGGGAUCAUGCACUGCUGCCUGUGUGAUGUCCUGCAGCUGCUGGCGGCUCUGGCCGCUCUCCUGCUCGUCCUGAUUGCAGUUAUAGCACAUGUGACUGCCAGGAAAAUGCCAAAUCUGCAUCGCCAUGAGGCAGAGAAGUUCUUUGUUGCCAGUAAUGGAGAAAAGAAACCAUUCCCAAGCAUCCAUGACCGUCCAGAAAAAGACCUGACUGUUGUUGUCCCUGCAUACAAUGAAGAAGAGCGGUUACCUGUUAUGAUGGACGAAGCAUUGGAAUUUCUUGAAAAAAGACAGAUGCAGCAUCCAUCCUUUAAAUACGAGGUCAUCGUUGUAGAUGAUGGAAGUUCUGAUAAAACAACACAGGUCGCCUUGAACUAUUCCAAGAAAUAUGGAAGUGAUAAAGUUCGGGUGUUGACACUAGUGAAGAAUCGAGGCAAAGGUGGAGCUGUCCGGAUGGGAGUUCUUUCAUCAAGGGGAAAAACUAUAUUAAUGGCCGAUGCAGAUGGAGCUACAAAGUUUGCAGAUCUAGAACAUGUGGAAGCUGGACUAAACAGCCUGAAACCCUGGCCAGAUAACCUGGCAAUAUCAUGCGGAUCACGAGCUCAUCUGGAGAAGGAGUCUAUAGCAAAGCGCUCUGUCUUCAGAACCUUUCUCAUGUAUGGCUUCCAUUCCCUGGUCUGGUUCUUGUGUGUUCGGGGGGUUAGGGACACACAGUGUGGAUUCAAGCUGUUUACAAGAGAAGCUGCUGCUCGCACGUUUACGGCCCUUCAUGUUGAUCGUUGGGCGUUUGAUGUGGAAUUGCUAUAUAUAGCUCAAUGUUUAAAGAUCCCGAUUGCAGAAAUUGCAGUAAAUUGGACAGAGAUUGAAGGAUCUAAACUGGUGCCUUUCUGGAGCUGGUUGCAGAUGGGAAGGGACCUCCUUUUUAUACGCUCGCGCUAUCUCACUGGUGCCUGGAAGUUGGAUACCAAUAGAAAAUUAGAUUAACAUCAUUCUAGGUUUUAGAAUGAUGUAUUGAAAAACAAAGAGUCUGAGAAGCAUCCGGUUUCAGGGAUUAACUUGGCUUGGGAGGUCCACGUUGAUAAGGGACAAUAUUUUUUGGUGUAAUGAAACAAACUGGUGUUUCAUAAACUUUGGUGGUAGAAUACUCGUUCGAUGGCUGUACGUUAUUACAGCUGGUCUGACGCCCACAUGAGGGGAUGAAUCCUUCUAUUCAAGGACCAUUCUGUACAAGCUGUACGAGUAAUUUUUACAGCGUUACUGGCAUUAAAAACAACUUUUGACAUGUCGAUCAGACGUAUCUAAAGUUGUUGAUCAUGAGUUAUUAGCCAGGGGUGCGGGCGGCAUUGUGCUCAACUCCCCGACCGGCUGCGAGAUCAGUUUCUCUGCAUAGACUUUCAUAGAGAAAUGGAUGGCUAUUACAGCCAUUCCAGGAGCGGAGCUCAAUGUUGCCCCAUUCCCCAGGCAAUAACUCAUCACCACAGCGAGUCUCAGGAGUAAGACACAGUGCGAUCAACAACCUUUAAAAUGUUUGAUCAACAAGUCAAAAGUUGUUUUUAAUGACCAUAAAAUGUCUUCAAAUGGUUGCGUUUUUUUUGUUUGUUUGUUUUUUUAAACACAACUGAAAUUUAGCAAAAAUACAUUCAUGUGUAUUAAAAAUCUCUCCUUUUACAUAUGUCUCAACGAUUGUGCUUUACAUGUAUUGCAAAAAAGUUUCAUAAAAACAAAAUAUCUUGUUUUGCUAUGCAAAGGAAUGUUUGUUUCUUCGUGGGAUAUUCAGUGUUUUUUUGUUUUUGUUUUUUUUUUUUUAAAUCUUGCCUAAGCAGUUUUUUAAUAUCAUUUAGUGAUAUGAUUUAUGGCAGGGCCAAUGGACAUUCAGAUGAAUUGGAGAUGCUUCUGGACAUUCUAUGUGAACUUGUCAGGUCAUUCUACAGAGAGGAGACUGAUCUUCUGUUAAUGGUAGCAGAUCCAGUGUUAUCUAUAUGCUGGUGUCACCUUUCACUGUACUCCUAAGAAUAAAGCAAUGGAAAUGAUCUGUACAGAACAGAAAGUUUCAGCUUAAUUAGACCUAGUGGCCAGAAAAGAUAUUGCAAGAUUUCAGGAUUUAUUAAAUAUAGAUAUUAAAAUAGAAAUUGAAAAAAUAAUUCUCUAAAAAUACAGCAAACAUAAAUCUGUAUUAAAUGGGUAUUUUCUAAAAACA